AUGUGUUAUUACAUCAAGACCACAUAUCGGAAGUGCCAAGCGGACGAAGGACCACAUAAGACAGCCGAAUACUUUGAGCCUUGUCCUGAAGUAUCUGAACAAAUGAAACUUUCAGAAAAGAUAGACCGAGAGAAGCUGAACUGUAAGAAGCGCACGUUCCGCGAAUGUCACCUCAAGUGGAACAAUACCGACAGCUGCCCAGUCUGUUCCGAAGAAAUCCAAGGCUGGGAUUCUGACGGUCCCUGGGAAGAUGGAUCCGGAGUCGAACCCAAUCCUCAGGAAUCAACAAACACCGGCGACGCUGUCGCUGGAGGCACUAUUGCUGGAGGCACUGUCUCUGGGGGCGCUGCUACGGGAAGCGCUGCGGGGAGUGCUGCGGGAAGUGCUGCGGGAAGUGCUGUUCCUGUGAAGCGAAGUGGCUUUCAAGGACUGUGGGAACGACGUAGACUCGCGAGUGCGAGAGCAUUAGUACCGGGCUAUGAUGUUGUUAAGAGACCAUGA